GCAGUUGUGGCGGCCAAGUGGGUGUCUGUGCCUGAGCGGGUGGCGGCGGCGGCGGCGGAGGCCGAGGCGGCGGCGCGGAGGAGGAGGAGGAGGAAGGAAGAGGAGAGGGUGAAGGUGAAAGGGGCGACGGAGCAUUGGCCCCACAGAAGCUGCAGCUUGCUCUUCUGCUGACCCGCUGAAAGAUGGUGAAGCUAGACAUCCACACGUUGGCUCAUCACCUGAAGCAGGAACGGCUCUACGUGAACUCCGAAAAGCAGCUGAUCCAGAGGCUGAAUGCUGAGGUGCUGAAGACUGCUGAAAAGCUGUACCGCACAGCAUGGAUUUCCAAGCAACAGAGAAUCAACUUGGACCGACUGAUCAUAACAAGUGCUGAAGCUUCGCCUGCUGAAUGCUGCCAGCAUGCCAAGGUCUUGGAGGACACGCAGUUUGUGGAUGGGUAUAAGCAGCUGGGCUUCCAGGAGACGGCCUACGGGGAGUUCCUCAACAGGCUGCGGGAGAACCCUCGCCUCAUUGCGUCCUGCUUGGUGGCCGGAGAGAAGCUCAACCAGGACAACGCGCAAAGCAUCAUUCAUAUGGUCUUCACCUCCAUCUAUGGCAACUGCAUCAUGCCGGAAGACGAAAGCUACCUCCUCCAGGUCUUGCGCUACCUGAUCGAGUUCGAACUCAAGGAAAGCGAUAACCCCAGGCGGCUGCUGAGGAGAGGCACGUGUGCCUUCAGCAUCCUGUUCAAACUCUUUUCUGAGGGGCUCUUUUCAGCCAAGCUUUUCCUCACCGCCACCUUGCACGAACCCAUCAUGCAGCUGCUGGUCGAGGACGAAGACCACCUGGAAACUGACCCGAGCAAGCUCAUCGACCGCUUCUCGCCCACCCAGCAGGAGAAGCUCUUUGGGGAGAAGGGCACCGAAAAGUUCAAGCAGAAGGUCCAGGAGAUGGUGGAGUCGAACGAGGCCAAGCUGGUGGCCCUGGUGAACAAGUUCAUCAGUUACCUCAAGCAGAACACCUACUGCUUUCCACACAGCUUGCGGUGGAUUGUGUCGCAGAUGUACAAAACACUCUCGUGUGUGGACAGGCUAGACGUCGGGGAAGUGAGAGCCAUGUGCACGGACCUCCUCUUGGCCUGCUUCAUUUGUCCGGCAGUGGUCAACCCCGAGCAGUAUGGGAUUAUCUCUGAUGCCCCAAUUAAUGAAGUGGCACGCUUCAACCUGAUGCAGGUUGGCAGACUGCUACAGCAACUGGCCAUGACUGUUUCCGAGGAAGGAGAUCCCCGCGUGAAAAGCAGCCUGGGUAAAUUCGACAAAGGCUGUGUGGCCGCCUUCUUGGAUGUCGUCAUCGGUGGGCGGGCUGUGGAAACCCCUCCUAUGUCUUCAGUUAACCUUCUGGAAGGACUGAGUAGAACUGUGAUUUACAUGACCUAUGGGCAGCUCACUGCUCUGGUUGCAUUCAUGCGGAAUGUCAUGUCCAGUGACCAGCUGAAGGAAGACCGGAUGGCUCUGGAAAACCUACUGUUAAAUUUACCCCAGAACAAGCCCGGGAAGAGCAGCAGCUUGGAAAUAACUCCCUACAACACCCCACAGCUCUCUCCGGCAACCACACCAGCCAACAAAAAGAACCGGCUGCCUAUUGGACAACAGCUGGCAGCCAUCACUGCCUGGGACACGUCCGCCACCAACCUGACAGCUCACAUAAAUCUAGUAACCCCGUUUGCUACCCGCAGCCGGAGCCGGUCAAACAUUCAAAUGGACCAGCAUGCAGACCACGAGGGACUCUCCCAGGAGACAAUACAGGAAGUCCAGCCAGAGGAAGUCUUGGCUAUUUGUCUUGGGACCGGACCCCAAAUAACCCCUGGAAUGAUGUCGGAAAAUGAGGUUUUAAACAUGCAGCUUGCUGAUGGAGGGCAAGGAGAUGUCCCUGUUGAUGAAACCAAGCUCCACGGUAAACCUGAUAAAACCUUGCGCUUUUCCCUCUGCAGUGAUAAUCUGGAAGGCAUAUCUGAAGGCCCGUCCAACCGCUCCAAUUCUGUGUCCUCGCUGGAUUUGGAAGGGGAAUCAGUGUCCGAGCUGGGGGCAGGCCCAUCAGGGAGCAAUGGCGUGGAAGCCCUGCAGCUGCUGGAGCACGAGCAAGCCACGACCCAGGAUAAUCUUGAUGACAAGCUCCGCAAAUUUGAAAUUCGCGAUAUGAUGGGGCUGACGGAGGACAGGGACAUCUCCGAAACCGUGAGCGAGACGUGGAGUACUGACGUUCUGGGGAGCGACUUUGAUCCGAACAUUGACGAGGACCGCUUGCAAGAAAUCACGGGUGCUGCAGCAGAGAACAUGCUGGGAAGCUUGCUUUGCUUGCCUGGCUCGGGAUCGGUGUUGUUUGACCCUUGCACGGGCUCAACCAUCUCUGAAACCACCAGUGAAGCUUGGAGCGUUGAAGUAUUACCAAGUGAUUCAGAAGCCCCAGACCUGAAGCAGGAGGAGCGGCUGCAGGAACUGGAGAGCUGCUCCGGGGUGGGAAGCACCUCGGACGAUACCGAUGUCCGGGAGGUCAGCUCCCGCCCCAGCACGCCCGGCCUCAGCGUCGUGUCGGGUAUCAGUGCAACCUCUGAAGACAUCCCAAACAAGAUUGAGGACCUCCGGUCAGAGUGUAGUUCUGACUUCGGAGGGAAAGAUUCAGUCACCAGUCCUGACGUGGAUGAAACGGCUCACGGUGCCAGCCAGCUGACUUCUCCUCCUUCUCAGGCAGACUCCUUGCUUGCCAUGUUCGACCCCCUGUCUUCUCAUGAAGCAGUGGUGAGGCCCAAGGUGCACUAUGCGAGGCCUUCGCACCCGCCACCGGAUCCCCCAAUCCUGGAGGGGGCCCUGGGGGGCAACGACGCGAGGCUGCCCAAUUUUGGUUCCCACACCGCCAUACUGAUUGACUCGGAGGCUUUCAAGCAGCGGUACUCCUACCCCGAACGGCUGGUGCGGAGCCGGAGCUCGGACAUUGUGUCCUGCGUUCGGAGGCCGAUGAGCGAUCCCGGGUGGAACAGGCGAGCGGGCAACGAGGAGCGAGAGCUUUCCGCGCCCGGGAGCGGCGUGGCGGGAACAGCCUCGAACAUGGCCCCGCAGUCCUCUUCCUCGUCUCCGAGCAAGGAUUUCUGCAGAGGAGAGCAGGUUGAGGACCGGAAAGACAGCGAUGAUGAGAAAUCAGACCGGAACAAGCCAUGGUGGAGAAAGCGUUUUGUUUCAGCUAUGCCCAAAGCUCCAAUUCCAUUCAGAAAAAGAGAAAAACAAGAGAAGGACAAAGAGGACUUUGUGCCUGAUAGAUAUGGCUCUCUUCAAGAUGAUUCUGGUCCAAGGCUGAGUGCUCAGGCCCAGGCCGCAGAAGACAUCCUGGACAAAUACCGGAACGCGAUCAAACGGACCAGCCCCAACGAGGCUGCCGUGGCGAGCUAUGAUAGCACAGAUGCCCUUGGAGAUGGAGAAAGCAUCCACGACUCUCCCCGGGAUGACCACCUGCAGAACAUGUCUGCAGACGACCUCCCGGAUUCUGCCAGCCAAGCAGCUCAGCCCCAGGAUUCUGGCUUCUCCUACAGGGAUGCAAAGAAGAAACUGCGGCUUGCUCUUUGCUCCGCAGACUCCGUGGCGUUCCCCAUGCUGUCGCACUCCACACGAAAUGGCCUUCCAGACCAUACGGACCCUGAAGACAACGAAAUCGUGUGCUUCCUAAAAGUCCAGCUAGCCGAAGCCAUUAACCUCCAGGACAAGAACCUGAUGGCCCAGCUGCAGGAGACCAUGCGCUGUGUCGGCCGCUUCGACAACAGGACCUGCCGCAAACUCCUGGCCUCGAUAGCCGAGGAUUACAGGAAGAGGGCUCCCUACAUUGCCUACCUGACGCGGUGCCGCCAGGGCCUCCAGACCACCCAGGCCCACCUGGAAAGGCUGCUGCAGAGGGUCCUGCGAGACAAAGAAGUGGCCAACCGGUACUUCACCACUGUGUGCGUGCGACUGCUGCUGGAAAGCAAGGAGUCCAAGAUACGGGAAUUCAUUCAAGAUUUCCAGAAGCUGACCGCGGCCGAUGACAAGACGGCCCAGGUGGAGGACUUCCUGCAGUUCCUGUACGGGGCCAUGGCGCAAGACGUCAUCUGGCAGAACGCCAGUGAGGAGCAGCUCCAAGAUGCCCAGCUGGCCAUCGAGCGCAGUGUCAUGAACCGCAUCUUCAAGCUGGCCUUUUACCCCAACCAGGACGGGGACAUCCUGCGGGACCAGCUUCUUCACGAUCACAUCCAAAGGUUAUCCAAAGUGGUGACAGCGAACCAUAAAGCACUUCAGAUCCCUGAGGUCUAUCUCCGUGAAGCGCCGUGGCCCUCAGCGCAGUCUGAAAUCCGCACCAUCAGCGCCUACAAGACCCCGCGGGACAAGCUGCAGUGUGUCUUGCGGAUGUGCUCCACCAUCAUGAACCUGCUGAGCCUGGCCAAUGAAGACUCCGUCCCCGGGGCAGACGAUUUCGUCCCUGUGCUCGUGUUUGUGCUCAUCAAGGCCAACCCGCCCUGCCUGCUGUCCACUGUUCAGUACAUCAGCAGCUUCUAUGCCAACAGCUUAAGUGGAGAGGAGUCCUAUUGGUGGAUGCAGUUCACAGCGGCAGUGGAGUUCAUCAAGACCAUCGACGAGCGGAAGUGACCCACGCCAGCGUUGCUCUUCACAAACCUGCCCGGAGAGGAGGACCUCUAGGAAUGUACGUUGCUGUUCCCCUGCCCCUCCACAGCGAUGGAGAACCAACAAAAACACCUUUGUGUGUAAAUAUUGUACAGAAUCCAGGCAUUUUAAAGCAAAACCUUUACUAAUCAAACUAAUUCCGAGUGGGUGGUGUGGGGUAUGAUUUGGUUGUGUGUGUCUUUUUUUUUUUUAAGAAGUUCUUCUUUCCCUAAAGAAAAAGCUAAAACUAGCACUGUGUCAAAUCAUAAUAAAAAGGGACCAUAUGCUAAAGGUAUCCUGGGAGCCCCAGGCCUUCUCUCUGCUGCCACAAAAUCCAUGUGAACGCCUUUUUUCUAAUGCUUCAGUUCACACUCAUUUUUUAAACAAAUGUAAGGUUUUUUUAAAAAAAUAAAUAAAACUUGGGAGCCGGGGUGGAAGCGUGAGUAAGCACUUUCUAAUGAUCCUUAUUCACACGAUGCAUUUUGAGGGGAGGGGGGCAGGCAGCGGAAGGCACCAGCCACGGGAGACCGUUCGCAGCAAGCGGGCACCAAUAGGCAAACUUGAAUCGUGAGAUUGCAGUGUAAAUAGAACAGUUGUGAUACUUUCGACGAACCUUCUGCCAUAGUUGGCCUGGCCUGGCCAGCCCACGUGUCUGGCCACGGCAGUGCUACAAACUUCAGUGGAAUUUAAGCUAAGUUUUGCGAGGAAAGGGCCAAAGCCCCAAGUAUUUAUUAAAAUGUAAAUGCUUACCGAAUGUUACUAAAACUGGAAGUUAAUUCACAGGGCUUUCUCAUUAGCAUAUUUGCUUUUAAUUUGGGGACAGGGCAUUAGAGGCUUCAUCUGUUGCACAAAAGAUGUGGAGUUUGGGGUUUAUAGAGAAAUAAAUUGCUUGAAGAGAAGUUCUAAUAUAAGAAAAAGCAUCAAUACCUUGUUAUGUUUGGAGUUUUUUUCCUUCUGAAAUACUGUGUAUACUGUACAAACCCCAAACAGCAUUUUCCCUAUGAUACCAGAAACUGUAAUAUAUAUUUUGAUUAUUCGUAUUAAAAACAUACGCCAGGGUUUGGGUGAA